UUAGUAAAAGCCAAGUCAGUCUAACCAUGUAUUUAGGUAGUAAUUGGCAAAGGAUUUCAAGCUUAAAAUUUUUCAGAGUUUUCGAUGUCAAUGUUGAAAUUUUGCAACCUUGUUUAUUUAUUUUUAAAUAUUUCAAUAAUCAAGAGUUUCAUUUUGAGUGGAGUGAGUUGUAAAACUUCAAUCAGUAUAAUACAUAAAUGUAUAGAAUAACUAGACAAGUCCCAGUUUUAUUCAUCAAUUUUAUUUUACAAAUGCUCAUUUGCUUUGGGGGAGCACCUAAGAUGGGAAUUUUUUGUAAGCCAGUAGUAUCAAAAGAUUAUAAUGUCACUGGAUUGCCUCCUUUCGUUCAAUUCUCAUUUCCAAUCGAAUUUAUGGAUUCAGCCGAGUAUGCUGAAUUUAUGAAAGGAAUAAAUGAUCCAGUUUUUAACGCGACAACACAAUCUGGUUGGUUCACUGGAAUGCGAUAUAAGUGGAAUGUUACCAUUGGGACCGAUUCUCCUUCCAAAGAAUACGACGACCCCGACCCAACAAGUAAAGAACCCAUUAUGCGCGUUACAGUUCUGUUACCUCCGAGGGCUAAGAUUCAUGCAUAUAUGAGAGGACAUGCUCAUUUAAUUGACGAUGAUUUCGCUUACGAAGAAUUAUACAACUACACAAACUAUGGGAUGACACCGUUUUAACAAUAGACACGAGAGCCUGGAAAUGAAGUCUGGGAGAGUCUAUAUGUAAAUGGUCGAGCAAGCCAUGAAAAAUCAUCAUCAUUCCGAAUACAUUUGACUUGUAUGGGUUCAAAUUGGUUACCUAUCAAACCACCCACGGGAAAUAAGACAUGAAAUUUUUUUCUCAAAUUAGAUGAAUUAGAAUUCGUUGGUGAAUUAAGUAUCUAUAUACCUACUAGUACUUACAGUAGAUCUACCCUUAAAAUGAUCAAAUGGGCUACUGAAAUUGAUAGUCACGUAAUAUGGGUCACCAAACUGAAGCAGCUGUAAUUUUUUCUGAGCGAUUUUUUGAAAUCGUAUCCCCAUUUUGUUCAAUGUUCAUACAACAAUCAAGAAUUAUCUAUUUGAAGUUCUCAUUUUAAAGUUGUUGAUUUUCGAACGAUUUUUUAGGACUAGGUAUUUGAUAAACAAGAGUAAAGAGGUACUACGAGUAAAAAGAUUGAAUACCAUUUUUCUUGCUGUGAUGUAAUAAAAAACUUUAAUGAGAAAAAAAAACUUGAAAAAAUGUGUUGAUAUUUAUUAAUAAUUUAAGGGGGAAAAACGAGUAAAUUACCGAAAUAAAUAUUCAAAGUAAAAGUACAAAACUCUAAAGAAGCAGCUUCCGUAUGCUUUAUCAAAAAAAUGCUACUCGAGCGAGAAAAAAUAGUCGGUGCCUAGCUUACGUCAUACAUUAGUGUAUGUAGGUACCUAUUCUAAAAACUUCAUAGAAGUUGUAUUCGUAAUUUACAAUUUCACACAAAUGUCAAAAUGUAGCGUUAGCAAAUAUUAUCACGAUAAAUAAAUGAAAAGCCUGGAGGUAUUAAAAUACCAUAAAAGUUCUAGCAGCUAAUACAUGUAUUCUAUACAGGUUUUUACACAUUGCGCUGGUACGCAGAAAAUGCUACGUUUUUAAACUGUUUAGUUGCAAGUUUUUCUGAGUAAAC